AAUAUACUCACGAGCCACACAAACAAGAACAUGGGCCUUGGCUAUAAAUAUUCUCUAACCAUCCUCUAGGGUUCCGCCUCCAUCAAAUUCUUCUCGUCUGUCCAUCGAAAUUCAUUCAGUGACAUGGGCGAGAGCCAUUCUAGCGAGAGCGAUGCCAGCGAGAGCCAUUCUAGCGAGAGCGAUGCCAGCGAGAUCCAUUCUAGCGAGAGCGAUUUAAGAUGCAUUGCCAAUGCAAGCAAAUAAAUGGCGAUUUAAGAUCUAUUCUGGUGUGAUUUAAGAUGCAUUGCCAAUGCAAGCAAAAUUGUCAAAGAGAAGCUCACGCCAAUGCAGUUGGCCAUGUUCAAGAGAACAGUUUUUGGGCGAUUUGUUGACGUUGAUAUGGUGUUCAAUAGCCCAAUUGUCCAUCACAUGUUGCUGAGAGAAGUGAAGAGGACAAAAUCAGACUCAAUGACAUUCGCUGUCUGUGGGAAGCUUGUCACCUUUUCGAAGGAUGAUUUUUUGGUGAUGACUGGUUUGUGGCAAUCCCCAUCACGAGUUGAUCGGAACCAGCGGUCCUCAUAUGAACUUGCCAUCAAGUAUUUUGGCAAUCGAGUGACGAAGGACACUUUACACCUCCGUGAACUCGAAGAAAAAUACAAGGACUUAGAGUUUGAAAACGAUGAUGAUGCUGUGAAGAUCAGCCUAGUCUACACUGAGAUCGCAAUGAUGGGGAAAAACAAGCAGAAAAAUGCAGUCGACCUCAAAGGUUUCAAGGACGUUCAGAGCUUGGAGUACUACAAUAGUCUUGAUUGGGGUACCAUUAUCUGGGAGAGGACAUUGGAUGCCUUAAAGACUGCCUUGAAUGAUAAGUUCAGUCUUUACAAGACGAGGGUCAAAUCAAAUAAAAACUAUGUUGUGAAGUACUCCUUACGUGGAUUUCCACAAGCGUUCCAGGUAUGGACGUACAAGAUCCUAGCUUCAUUGAUAGUUGAGAACAUUGUGGAACAUUGUGGAGCAAAGGAGCAAGGUGGCUUUGUCCCGCAUAUUACGAUUGUCAUGCUCCCACUCAGUGUCCUUCAAAGUACUCGAGAGGGAGAUAUUCGAGUCUAACAAUGUUAAAGAGGGCACUGUGAUGUCAAAUGCUGAAAGGGAGUUUCGGGAUACCUCGGUGGAACGACGAACUAUAUUUGAGCUAGGUGUGGAUGAUGAUAGUUUUUGAAAGUGGCUCAAGGUCGACGAGUGAGGGGGGUAGUCCCGAGAGUGAAAGUGACGGUGAUGUCCAUCGUGGAAAUGCCAAUGAUGAGGUUGUCAGGGUGGAAGGAGGGGAUGAUCUCGAGCAUUCUGAGCACGAGGAUGUUGAAUAUGGAAAGGUGGAAGGAGGGACAUACAAACGUAGUGAUGAUAUGUUCGAUGAUAUGAUGGGGGACGUACGCGAGGAGGACGAGUUGAACCAAGUUGAUGUCUUUCAUGCGAACUUCGGUACAGAGCGUCCUGUGGAUGAAGAGUGUCCUGAGUGUGCUGUCCGCCGCAGGGAGGGAGCCAAUGCAGACGAGUCUACUUAUUCGUACCUGCGGUCCAUUGACAGUGCACUAUCGAGGUUGGAUGGCUGUAUAUCGGGUUUAGAUAGUCGUGUCUCCAUUAUGGAGGAAAACAUGACUGAAAUGAAAGGGCAAUUGUCGGCCAUCCUUUCAUUGUUGCAGUCUAUGCACAAGGGUUCCACGGUGAAUGAGGAGAUGACCAGGUCACCCAUCCCAUCUCGGGAGCCCGAUACGACUGUGACUGCCUCUGACACUCCCAUCCCCAUCCCCCCUCUACAGUCCGAUACCACCCCUUCACCUACUUCCAACCCCCCUGUACAGCCCGAUACCACCAUUACCACAUCACCGAUUGACAUCAAACCUAUACAGGCCGACGUCCCACAGACAGAGCCCAACAUGUCUGCUUUACACACCAUGCCACCUAUAGAGGCUGACAUGUCUGGCAUCCCAGAGGCAGCCACUUCUGGGAUUGUUACGACCACAGAAGGAGUUCCACUGGAUUCUCGAAGAAUUAGUCGUAAGAGAAAACCAGUUGACAAAUAUACACCCCCAGCCCAAGCAAAGAAGAAAAAUGUGGCUAAACAUCCUCUUCCAGGUGUAGCUACGUCAAUAUUCAGAUCGAUCGUCAUAUAUAACGUAGCACACGCCAUUCCACACAAUAUCAUGACAAAAAUGAUGAGUUGGAUCUCGGACGACAAUACAAACAACGAGGUUCGAGAGAACUCCUUCAAACCACUCGACAAGCAAUUCUUCGAGGAAUUGAUUACCCCGAAUUCGUUGGUCGAGUGCGAUACCAUAAACACUUUAUUUUAUUUUAUGAAAGAUAAAUUUUAUACUCGGCCCGACAUGUGCAUGCAUAAGUUCACCAUCUUGCCAAUUGGUGUAAUGUCACCUCAAUGCUCGUGGCGGGGUAUUUAAAAGAAUAAAGAAUAAGUCACUCCUGGAGGCUGCCUUAGCUUGGGAAGAUGAAGACAAGUACAAGGACUACGUCAUCGGUAAAUUCGAUGUCAAAUGGGCAGAUGUGGAUUUCGUUUACACGACGAUGAAUAUCAGUGAGCACUAGAUGGUCCUUGCCAUGGACAUUAACAGAGGCCACAUAUUCGUGUUCGAUUCACUUCUGUCAUACACACUAAUGACAAAGCUGGUGAAUUGGCUAGAGCCAUUGACGGUCACAGUAUCAUCCCUACUUCACUAUUGUGACGUGGAUCGAUCGAAGUCGGACCUGUCCACGGCUCGUUGGAAAAUCUCGCGACCUAAGAACGUCGACAUACAACACGAGUCGCUUGAUGUGUGUCAGCUAUGGGCAAACACUCCAUAUUUUUUAUAUGUAACAUUGUAUUUUUUAUUCUUUGUAAAAACAUUCUUUAUUUUUUAUGUAUGUAAAAACAUUCAUGUAUAAUUGAACAUAUAUAUUUUAUUAAAGUUCGAAGUUCA